AUGGCCGACGGGAAGCCCAAGGACGGAGUCAAGACUGAGAACGGCGAUCAUAUGAAUUUGAAGGUGGCGGGGCAGGAUGGUUCUGGGGUGCAGUUUAAGAUUAAGAGGCAUACGCCACUUAGCAAACUGACGAAAGCCUAUUGUGAACGACAGAGUUUGUCAGUGAGGCAGAUCAGAUUCCGAUUUGACGGACAGCCAAGCAAUGAAACAGACACAUCUGCACAGUUGGACAUGGAGGACGAAGAUACAAUUGAUGUGUUCCAGCAGCAGACAGGAGGCGUCUUCUAA